ACGAGAACGAUUCUGAGUGUUUACCUAACAAAUCGAAAAGGAAACUAUCCACGUGCUCCAUAUUUCCAUCCGACAUUGUCCGCUGCACAGAUUCUGCGGCAUCACAGUUUGCCUUUGAUAAGCGAAACAACAAAAUGGGAAGCUUCUUUUCGCACCCGACCGGGAUGGAAGUGGUCAAAAAGAAUCAGGAAUACAUUUCCGAGAUGAACAAAAUAAAGAUGGAACGCUGGAUUCAGAUGCACUAUCAGAUGAAGGAACGCGAAACAGCGAUGCAAAUCUCACGGGCACGGGAACUGUUCUACUGGCUUGCAUCGUUCUACGGCGUAUCAACCGUCGGGCUGAUCGGACGGUUCCGGACCACGAAACGUCCCGGUACGCUUGCACCGAUCGUACCGCUAUCGUUUGUCGUCGCCUACUAUGCGGAUCUUGCGUACGGGACAAAGAUACAUCGAAUACAAGCGGAAGCGGAAAUGAUUAUGCAUAAUGAGCCAGAACUAUUGGAGUGGCCAAGCGGACUGCCCACGGUGUCGGAGAUCGAUUCGGCACGCCUUGAUAUUGAUGAUAAAAUUCGACUCCAUCCUCAUCAGCUAUGAAAGGCAGGCGACGUUUGUUAUUAACGGAGUGACAGCAGAGAGCUCCACUGUAACAGUAUUAUAAGGAGAAGGACACAUCAGUUAACACACUACACACUGCACGCAAUUUUUGGAGUGAGAUUGCACCAUUAGAACCGUGUUAACGGCAGUAGCAUAGCUCCGUAAGAACAAGUGUUCUACCACUUUCUUUGCACUUUGACUUUUAACGACUAAAAAAACUAUUGCAAAAGAAACAUACAACUUCCACACUAAAAAGCUGUUUCCAUGUUCCAUGUUUAAAAAUUCAGAGCAGCUUUACCCUUAAAGAUCCUGUUUUAGCUGUAAAAGCACCACUUAGCUCCUUCUCUCUAGAUGUCUUUUUAUCAGCAACUUCAUAAACUAUACGGUUCUAGUAAGCAUCGCUAGCAAAACAAACCAGUCCGUUGCUAUCCAACGAGAUAAAUGGUCUAGCAACCAACUCUCUAAAUUCUUCUGAACGGAAAACGAUAACAAUAACAAAUAAGUGCAUUUAAUCCUUCUCACUCUUCGGUGUAUUCUCCCAAUCGAAGGAAUCGGGAUAUUCGUCGUGGUACGGGUGAGUUUUAAAGAACCGUGAACGGUUUCAAUCGCGUAAGCUAUAGCAUGCAAUUAUACCCUUAUAUCCACAUGUAAUUGUACGGGGCAAGUGGACCUUGUUCGGAAGUGUGUCAGAUUUUAAAACAACAUUUUUUCCGUCAAUCCUGUUAAAUGCGUAAAUGUGAAAUUGCUACAUCCGUUUUACAUACAGUAUGUACUAAUAAA